GGCGCUUCGGUGUAAAGUGUCCCUCCCCGCCAGCACGCACGCCAAGAGAGGGAAGCCAAUGAACGCUGCCCUUGUUGGGGGCGGGCCGCUGCCCAAUGGGCGGGCGCCUUGUUACGUUGCGGGAGCUUCUGGCAGGAGCUGGAGGAAGCGGCGGCAGCAGCGGCAGCAGCAGCGCCGAUAGGAGGAGGAGAAAGGAGAAGGGAAAGGGUAUUAGCAACAGCGCCAGUAGUAAUGGUGGCGGCGAGAGGCCGCUGUGGCUAAUGUCAGGAUUUCCAUCUUCGCAGGGCGGAGGAAGCAGGUUGAGCUGGCGAUUGUUUGAAGGACUGUCAGAUGUAUUCUGAACUGGAAAAUGGCUGUAUUCUGCUGCGAGCUUCUUUAGAGAACUAACUUAUCCGAACAGAGGUGAAAGGAGUAAAAGUUAUAAGAAAAUGCUUGGAUCAGAACGUGGUGUGGUAGAAGAAUGGCUAUCGGAAUUCAAGGCAUUACCUGAAAUGCAAAUAUCCAGUUACGCAGCAACACUUCACCGGAAGAAAACACUGGUCCCAGCUCUCUAUAAGGUCAUUCAAGAUUCAAAUAAUGAGCUUCUGGAGCCUGUCUGCCACCAACUCUUUGAACUGUAUCGUAGUUCUGAGAUUCGUCUCAAAAGAUUUACGCUGCAAUUCUUGCCAGAACUGAUCUGGGUUUAUCUGCGUCUAACUGCUAGCAAAGACAGGCAGAGUAAUGGUUGCAUUGAAGCCCUGCUUUUAGGAAUUUACAACUUGGAAAUUGCUGAUAAAGAUGGGAACAAUAAAGUUUUAUCUUUCACCAUCCCUUCCUUAUCCAAGCCAUCCAUUUAUCAUGAGCCAUCUACUAUUGGAUCCAUGGCUUUGACUGAGGGAGCCCUAUGUCAGCAUGACCUUAUCAGAGUGGUUUAUAGUGAUCUUCACCCUCAAAGAGAAACAUUCACGGCACAGAACAGGUUUGAGGUGCUGAGUUUUCUCAUGCUGUGUUACAACUCUGCUGUUGUCUAUAUGCCUGCCUCUUCCUAUCAGUCACUUUGUAGGAUGGGUUCCAGACUCUGUGUGAGUGGGUUUCCACGGCAACAUGACAAAUGCUGGAAGGAAAAUUGUGGCAGAGUGGUACUGGAUCCUGACUUCAUGGUACAGCUACUCACUGGGGUCUAUUAUGCUGUUUACAAUGGACAAUGGGAACUUGGCCAGGAAGCACUGGAUGACAUAAUUUACAGAGCACAGCUUGAACUUUUUUCUCAGCCCCUGUUGGUUGCAAAUGCUAUGAAGAACUCAUUGCCCUUUGAUGCUCCUGAUGGAUCGCAAGGGGGACAGAAGGUGUUGAAAGUGGAAGUUACUCCAACAGUGCCGAGGAUUUCUCGGACUGCCAUUACAACAGCUUCAAUCCGUCGACAUCGCUGGAGAAGAGAAGAUGGCUUUGACUUCUCAAGCGAUGCUGACUUGAGCAUUCCUGGAUCUCCGAUCUUACACGGCUCCACAGACCUAGGGAUCAAACGCAAGCAAGAGGGGAACGUGCUGGUGCUCAGGACCCCUGAGCAUGGCUCACCGGAGCCCAACUUGGCAACAGCCACAACAGAGGAUGCUGAGGGUAUCAACGGAAGAGAAGAAUCUGUGAACCUUAAUGAUGCCGAUGAAGGAUUUUCAUCUGGGGCAUCCCUGAGCAGCCAGCCAGUUGGGACCAAACUUUCAUCCACUUCCCAAAGGGGAAGCUUAAGGAAAGGAGCAACGGGACGUUCAGCCAAGGAUAAAGAGAUUUCUGCGGUUACCAAAUCCACUGAGAGCCCUCGAGAGUCUGCCCGUAAGCAGUACCUGCACCAGUCCAUUGACCUCAGCACAGAUGCGACUGAAAUGACUCCUACAAAGAAACACCUGAGCCUGCCCGCUGGGCAGGUGGUGCCAAAAGCCAAUAGUGUGAGUUUGAUUCGGACUGCUAGUGCUUCUUCCAGUAAGUCAUUUGACUAUGUGAAUGGCAGUCAAGGAGGUUCAGGAGUUGGUAUUAGCAGUGAGGGUGUUACUAACUUAGCAGCUGGCAACACCAAUCGCUUUUCGACCAUUAGUCUACAGGAGGACCACUUAGGCCACGCUGGAAAUGGUAAAGAUGUCAUCUCAUCAGGAGCUCCUCUGACCAAGCAGUCCCGAUCCCCAAGUUUCAAUAUGCAACUCGUAUCCCAGGUUUAACAUUGUUGUCCUUCCUAUACUUCCUCCUCCCCCAUCUUUUACCCUAUUCUUCUUUGAGCAACAACAGCAACCAUCAUCAUAUAGUGUGAAAAUCCAGGCUUCUGUGAUCUUGUUCAGUUCAUUUUAGAUGUCAUACUAUGUUUUGUACGGAAACAGCAAUAAAACCUCAUGUUCCAAGUCCUCCCCUUCUUGCCCCCCCCAAAUGUGGUUGUGAAACAGUAGGAAAUGUACUUUAUGCCUUUUCCAUGCCUUCCUUUCUCCUUGGGUGAUGUGCAAUCCAUUGUAGGCUGAUCAGUCCCAUUUCAACACUGUGAGUUUUGAGAAGAUCGGAGGAAAUGGUGAAUGUGAUCCCUAUGGAAAUGAAGCUUUUGUUUUUUGAGAAAUAGAAACGGGUUAGCUUUCUCAAUCUACAGUUCUGUAAAGACUACUGAACUGUGACUUUUUGUCUCUUGGAACCAGGAACGCCUCAGAGAUUCUAGUAGGACUUUGGACCUCUGAGUUAGUGCAAUCAAAUCUGAGGGAGGAACAUACUGUCAUUGCUCCUGGUGGCUGUCUUAAAUGCACUUUGUUAUGAAAAUGAGAGUAGUCCUUCUCUACCGUCCCUCUACUCUUACUCCCCAAACACUUCAUGUUCAGCUAUUGAGACAUGCAUGUUUUCAAGUUGUUGCCUCCUCAGAAAAAGUGAGCUGUAAGUAGACAGUGUAGGUUACAAUCCAUCUUUAAUGGCGUUGUAGCUGUAUUUCACGUUACAUGUCUUCCCCCUCCAGGACACAGGGUUGCUUUGCCUGUAUAUGCUAGGACUUCCUGAAAGAUGAAUUAUGUUUAAAAUAAUGGAGAAGUAGAAAAGGGGGACACGUUUACCCAGAAAUUACUAUUCAGCACUGCUCCUUUAAAAAUAGAAGAUACUUUUGUAAAUUGGCAAUGUUUGAAAUGAACAAGAAUUGCAGAUUAAGAGAGGCUGCUUGCUGUGGUGUGACUAAACUUGGUCACAGAAUAGACUCGGAAAUCUGCAGUAAUUAUGGAAUGUUCUCCAGCACUAUUUGGCAGGAACAGAGGUAAUGGUUACAGGAGUGUCUGAGUUCCUUUAAAAUAUUGCCCAAACAGUGGGAUUUUGGUCAGUCCUCUCCCCCAGAAAGAUAACAAUUCACUGUCUAUAUUUUGAUUAAUCUGUUGCAGUUGUGACUAUUUCAUCUAGCUAAUGUAAGUGGGGGGGAUCCUCUCCCUCCACUCUAAUUUGGGGACUUAAUACAAUUGAAACUAAUCUUGAAUGCAUGUGACGUGUGUGGGCAAUAUUUGGCAUUUAUGCUGUAGAUCACUGCUUUAAAUUGCAUUUCUUAUUCUAAAGGAAAGUAUUCAUCAUAUUUUGGACAGUCUUCUGUAUACAUAAGAAGCAAAAGAGGGCAUUUUGUCCUUUUGUCCUGUGCUAUAUGUUGACCUGGAAAUGUGUAGGUUAUUAAUCUAAGGAACAGGUGUAAAUUGUAUUUCCCCCCCCCCGGCAUUUUGGGUUCAUUGUAUUGGGGAGGAAGAUUAAGAGGAGUAGAAACAUAAUAGGUUAUUUUUAGAUGGAUUAAAGACUAUGAUAUUUAGAACUACAAAGUGCCAUUACUCUGCUAAAAAAUAAGCGUUAAAACAUUUUUUAAAAUACAAUUGACACCUUCCAGUCUUCUGCUCUUUUUCUUCCUUAACUUAAAAUUCCAUUUUUUCAAAAGAGCCUAGCUAGCCUCAUAGUAAUGUCUUUUAGUACAAUUGCUGUAAGAGUUACAUUUGCUCUGUAAAGAGCUUUUUAUGAACUCUAAACUAAUGUUAAAUCACUAAAUACCAUGGGAUUGGAUCUAGAUGCACUUGGUUCUCAUUGAAAUCAGUGGGACUUGUAAUGACAAACUUGUUACAUUGAUUUCACUGAGGUCUGAGUCCAACCCCAUCUAAUUGAAACUCAGGAAGGUUCACCUGUGAUUAAAUGCAACAACUCAAUAUACAGAGUAACACUAAAUGGUAUGUAAGGUGUAGGCUGGGACUCCUUUGGCUCUGAAGUCAGUAAUUAUAGGCUACAUCAAGAAGGUAUACUUCAGAAAGGGCUAAUGUUCCAUAGACUGGUGAAGGGGGCCUGAUCAUGCCUGUUAAUUUUCAAGAGUACUGGUAGGAUCCACACUUAAUCAAGCAGUUUUGAUUCUGCAGAAACAUUUCCCUUUUUUAAUAACAGAAAUAAUAGCCAGGAUCCCAAAGGCUGCAUAGGGGGCUUUGGGCUUGUGUGUGUUAAACAACAGCUCACCAUGCCACAUGUCAAACCACAUCUGAAAUUAAGGGGAUGUUUAAAAGCAGGUUGUGAAUGGCAGGGCGGUUGUGGGAAUGGUGGUGUCUGCAAUUCAAAUGGAUUUUAAAAAAUGGGUAUGGCCAAGGUCAUAGGCACGUCUCAAGUAGCUUUUUAGAUCCUGCUCCAUGAAUUCUAUAUAGAUGAAGCCAAAAAAAGUGAACCUUCGUCAAAAGAAAAACAAUAUUACUGUAAAGCAGGGCUGUGUAACCUGUCGCUUUCCAGCUGCUGUUAGACUUCAGCUCCCAUCAUUCCUGACCAUUGGGCACGCUGGCUGAGGCUGAUGGGUGCUGGAAUCCAAAGGCAUCUGGAGCGUCCACAGGUUCCUUAUCUCUGGGCAAAAGUCUACUGAGGACCAAAUUGUUUUUGUCCUUUUUCUUUUUGAAAGAUGUGGAAUGUUCAAACUAGUUUUGAUAGAAUGUGCCACCAUAUGCUGAUGUAUAAUUGUAUGUACACAAAAUACAGAAAUGCAUAUUAUACAUGUUGAUGAUUGGUAGUCCUGCUAUCAAAUUUGAAUGUGUCUUAAAUAUAAGUCCAUCUUAAGGGGUAUAGCUUAUUAAAAAAAUGUAGUGUAUCCUCAGCACAUUAAAAUUACAAAAUUU